UCUGGUCUGGCUCAUCAGGCAUUAGCCAGUUUCAUAUGUUUGUUGGUAGGGUGUAGAGCUUUCGGCUGCGUACGUUACGUUAUCAAUCGUUUUACUACGGCUUCUCGGUUUUAUUACUUACAAACUUUACACGAAAUGUGAACUAAACUUGAACUUAUUCGUAUUUAUUUGUGAACUCGUGAUAGUGAUUGUUUAUUUAUCAUUUUCAUAAUGUCUCGCUUUAAUUUGAUUUUUUUUCUUUUUGUGUUGGUUCACGUGGUCAUCUGCAAGGAAGAUCCAUAUUUCAGUGAGAGUCCUAGAAAUGUAGAUGUUGUGCAAGGUAAACCCGUGACAUUACCUUGUAAAGUGACACCAGGAAUAGGGAUGACGUACUACUGGGAACUAAACGGUUCUAAAAUAGCCAACACAACGCGUCGGUAUCAGCAGGGUUCCAACCUUCAUAUAACUCGAGUGGACCGCGAACGCGACGCGGGUCAGUUCACCUGCAUUGCUGAAGACUCGACCUCGUCAUUAGCCGGCUCCAUCCGAAGUUCAGAAGCCUCGCUCAACAUUCAAUGGAUUGACGAAGUGUCAGUGCAGCUGCAAGAACCAGAAUCAGCUUCAUUCAUAUCGCGUGGAAACGAUGUCACUCUCAGGUGUCACACGGACGCUUCCGGGGACGUCCACUACGAGUGGUUUAGAAAUGCAGAUCGACUUGUCAAGUCCGACAAAAUUGAAAUUAAAAAGAAAAGACUACACAUCAAAAAUGUAGGACCUUCAGACAAUGGUGUUUACAGAUGUUUGGCUAAUAAUACAGCAGGGGCGAGAUACAGUACCACAAAUUUCGCCUUAGCUGUUGCAGGUCAGGAAACUGCUUUAAUUCAAAUGGUUCCGAGAGAUCAGUUGGUACCACAAGGAGGUACCGCGUAUUUUGACUGUCAGUACCAACAAGCUGAAGUGACUGAAUGGUACUUCAAGAAGGACACAACACCACUCAAGAAUAGCAAAAAAUAUGUGAUACACUCAAAUGGUACUCUUCAAAUCAACGAUGUCCAAGGCACAGACCAAGGAUUUUACAGUUGUGUGGGAAUCCGUAGUGAGUCUACUGAAAUACCUCAAAGCUACGUAGCCGAAUUGAAACUAGCUUAUUUGAAUGAAUUUACUCACAAUUCGUUCGAACCUCCACUUGCGGAAAAUUCAAACCAAGUUGUGGCGCCUGAAGGAGGGCUGUUUCAACUGACUUGCCUCAAACCAGAUAGUUUACCUCCUGCGAAAAAAUGGUGGCUUAAUACCGGUGGUCAUACAGUGUCAGAUUCCGGUGAGAUCCGGGUCGAUGAUGGGAGAUUAAUAAUAGAAAAAGUGGUAAUGGAUCACGCAGGGAAUUACACUUGUGUUGCCGAAAACAUUGCUGGGAAAACCGAGAAAACUGUCGAAUUGGUCGUUUUAAAUAAGCCGGUAGUUACCGCACAACCUAUUAGUGUCACAGUUGAUGAAAAUGAACCCUCAAUGUUGACUUGUGACUACGAACCCAAGAACCAUUUCACAGUUGUCAAGUGGAGAAAAGACGGGAAAAGUCUGCGACACGAAUUCGGGGGAAAUUCCCUCGAUCGACAACGAAUCAAAAUUUUUAAACACAAUGCCUCUCUAGUAAUCCGCGAGACUGAAAGUCAUGAUCGAGGGGAGUAUGUCUGCGAAGUGCUCACUAAGGGUUUUGAACCUGUCUUAUCUGAACCUGCUACUAUUUCUGUGAUAGAAAAAUUAAAAUUUGUGCCACCCCCAGUAAAUAAAAAACUGGAACUUGGAAGUGUUGCAAAAGUUCACUGUAAGGCACAAGGAACACCACCACCGAUUAUCACAUGGGAAAAACUCGGGGAAUCUUUUGAUAAUUCUCGAAUUAUUAGCAUGAAUGGUACUCUUGUUUUUAACGGAGUGGUGAAUGAAGAUAAAGGAAAGUAUACUUGUAUAGCUAGUAACAGUCAAGGGGUUAUUAAUGUGACUAUAAACAUUGAUGUUGUUGUGGCACCAAAAUUCAGCGUGGAACCUAAAAACCCAACUGAAGUCAUUGAAGGACAAUCAGUUGCGAUUGACUGCGUUGUUGAAGGAGACCCUAAACCGACCAUUCAUUGGGACAAAAAUUUAAAAAUGAAUGAUUUUGAUCACUCCAGAUUUACUGUUUUGGAAAAUGGGACUUUAUACAUAAGUGAGGUUCACCGAGAAGAUGAAAACAAAUACGGUUGCACUGCUGGAAAUAGCGCUGGGUUGAAUCGACAAGAAGUGCAACUAAUUGUUCAUUCACGUGAUGGUUACCACCCCGAUGGAGAUUCAACUGUUACCAAAGCCGUGCUUAUCACAAUGUCGGUGGCUGGAGCUUACAUUGUCCUGGUUAUCGGUCUCAUGGUAUGGUGCAGAUACCGAAGAAGGUCCAGAAAAUUACCAGUUACUGAUGCUGCGAAAACUGAAAAUGGUGAAAUGGACCACACCGAACUGAAAGAUGGUGCCAAUGGACACUGUUCAGGCACCUCCAAAGUGGAAGCCAACGGACUCGAUGCUUUAAAAGAAGGCCAAAAGAGUGACGGAGCCGAAACCACUCAUUCCCAAAGUUCAAGUCAGUCAAAAAAAUCCAAAUCGAAUUAUGAUAAACUAGCGUUAUCGAGAACACAUUUGAAAGAGAUGAAAUUAAUUGGUCGAGGAGAAUUCGGCGAAGUUAUGGUGGCCAAAAUUUCUAAAAGUGUUCUUCUGUCCGAGAAACGCAAUUCGCAAGCAUCGACACCACCAAUUGAAGACAAAGAAUUGCCAGUCUUAGUAAAAGCUUUGAGCCAAACUAAAGAUGAAAAUUCUUUGUCUGAGUUCAAACGCGAAAUUGACAUGUUUUUGAAAUUAUCGCAUGCAAAUGUCACUAAGAUUUACGGGCUUUGCCGUGAGGCGGAACCCCACUAUAUGAUCCUUGAACACACCGAUUGGGGGGAUUUAAAACAGUUUUUGGUGGCGACCCAAAAGGGCUCACCUCCUCCACUAACGCCUGUUCAGUGUGUCGCAAUAAUUCACCAGUUGUGUCAAGGUUUGGAUCAUUUGGCCACUUCUCGCCUAAUCCAUCGAGAUUUGGCGGCAAGAAAUUGUCUAGUCACUUCCACUUUAAAAGCCAAAGUUGGUCUUCCGCGACUCACGAGGGAUCCCUACAGUCAAGAAUAUUGCAAACAUAUGAAUCAUAUAAUUCCAUUGAGAUGGUUGCCUUAUGAGGCAGUGUAUGAAGAUGAGUAUUCAACAAAGAGUGAUGUUUACUCGUUUGCGGUUGUUAUUUGGGAGAUAUUUAAUCAAGGCGAAUUGCCAUUCCCUAAGAUGAACGAUACAAGUUUCUUAAAUAAACUUAAAGAAAAGAAACUUGAGUGGAAGGCUCAUUCUUCCACACCGGAAUCUUUACAGAAAAUACAGGCAUCUUGUUGGGAUGCAAAUCCGCAAAACAGGCCGACAUUCUCCGAUUUAGCUAAAGAAAUUGAAGAGAUUCUUAAGUCUAUGUAAAUAUAAUAAUUUAUUUAAACAAAGUCAUCUAAACCAAAUUUAGAAUACGAAAUUUUAAUAAUCAUGUAAGCUUCCAGUUUAUAAAAAGAAGAAUUAUAUAAGCCUUAUACUGCAAUGUUGAGGAAAUUAAGUAUGUCUUGUGUGUACUAUUCUUGUAAUAUUAUUAUUUAUUUUACAUUUAGAAUAAGUUCGAUGAGUUUGAUCUUUUUUGAUCUCAAAUUAUUAAACUGGUUAAAAUGAAGUUUAUAAAAUUGUACAUAUCAUUUCCGUCAUUUAAGUCUGUAGGUAGUGUAAAAAGCAUAUCAUUAAGAUAUUUUUUAAGUUAAUAUUAGUGUAUAUUAAUUGUCUUGAGCCACAAAGCACUGCCAAAAUACUCUUGGAGACAACAUAAUAUACAAUCGAGUGCAUAGACUGUUUAACAAUAAAAAGCUCUCAAUAAUGUAACGAUUCUCGUCAAUCAUAUUCCAAUUUUUAACAAGUGUUCUUUGCUCAUAGCUUUUUAUAAUGCACUUUUAUAUAGGUACUAUACAUAGUGGUUGUAGUUAACAGUUGGUUUUUCUACUUUAUAGUUCUGUAGUCAAAAUUUACAAUAAGUAAUAGCAUGAUAUUCAUAUGUACGUAAUAGCCAUUAAUGUUUCUUAAUGCAGUCAGUGUAGAAAAGUCUGAAGCCUUAUAUGUUAAAGGGCUUUGUGCCGAUACCGGUGGUAUUUAGAUAUGUGUGGACUUAUUUCUUUUAGAAAAGACCAGUGUUUUAUAGGAGGAAGUAUUUCGAGAACUUUUUGAGUAACAACUAAGUGUUUUUAUGUUUGUACUUAAUUGAUAAAUGUACAUUAUAAAGAAUUAAUAUUGUUAAUUAUAAUAAUCCACUCAGAUGUGUUAAAGACUAUUAUACAUUUGUAUGAUACAUGAUCUGUCCAUAUUUAGUGAUGUAGCUUUUUAUAAUGAUUUUAUACUGUAUUGUCCAUUUUUAUAUAAUUAUGCAUAAUCAUCUUUUGUGAUAUGUAUUCUAAAUUAAAAAAUAUAUACCAACCAUGUUUUAA